GGUCCGAACGGGAGGUACUGGAUCUCAUCGCAUGCUGGGGAGACGAGUCUGUUAUGGCAGAACUACGUUUCAAAAAAAGGAACGCAAAUAUCUAUGCUAAAGUCUCCAGGGCCAUGACGGAAAGAGGCUACUCCGGGGACACAGAGCAGUGUCGUACAAAAAUCAAGGAGCUCAGGCAAGCAUACCAAAAAGCCAGGGAGGCAAACGGACGCUCUGGGUCACAGCCCCAUACGUUCCGCUUUUACCGUGAGCUCCAUGCAAUUAUGGGGGGUGAUGCACUCACUACCCCACCGCUGUCCAUGGGCACCUGCAAGGGGGGAGUUAAACGGAGCGAGGAGGAAGAGACAUUGGAGGACGAAGAGGAGGAGGAGGACAGUGCACAGGCGGCAAGUGGGGAAUCCGUUUUCCCCCCUAGCCAGGAACUAAUCUUAAUGCUGGAUCCAAUAGCCUCCGUUCACUCCCAAGGCAGGUUCCUGUUCCAUGACCCUGGAGAAGGUAGUUCUGGUGCAAAUGUUUCAAUGCGGCCUCUAUCUACUCCGUCCCAGAGGCUGGUCCAGAUUAGAAGGCGGAAAAAAUGAACUUGGGACACCAUGUUCGCUGAGCUCAUGCAGUCC